AUGGGCAACGAAGUCUCCACGUCAACCGACUCUAAAGUGGCGAGGGAGGUUGAAUACCGACGUGUGCCCAUGAUUGCAUCUCCCACGAACGCUGCCAUGGACUACGCAAUUACAACCGACGGCUCCGCUCCGCCCGGCUAUGACGAACACACCGGCGACGAUACCAUUACGGUCUCGAAAUCCAUUCUACGUCCCGACACUACCUUCAUCAUCCAGCACCGCCAGACUGGGCGCAUUGUCACGCUUGUCGAAGGCGAACUCCGUCUCUGUGAUGGAUACAGCGUAUUGGGUGGUUUCCACUGGCACUGCGUUUCGAAGGACCGCUGGCUUGGGUUCCGUAACGCUGUUUCGGGCACGUACCUCGGGCAUAACGAGAGGAGAAAACUCAUUGCCACCGCAAGACACCAUCAGUCCCACGAGUUUUUCAUGGAAAGGUUGACUACCCAAGGGGGCUAUGAGUUGCUUACAGGGCACGGGAACGAACUGCGAAGCAUAGCAAUGGGGAGCGAUGGGACCACAAUCGUGGAAUCCAAGGGCGAUGGGGACCUGUGGGACUUUUGA